GUGAAAUUGUGAUACACGAGCAUUAUUGAGAAGUGAUAUAGAAGUGAAAGGGAAAUAGCACAAAUGGGUCCCUCCGCGAGCCGUGUCCCGACAGCGAAAGAAGUUAACAGGGAAAAAAGGAAAAGAAGCUCUUAAAGAUAGAGAGAGAAAGGGCAGAGCCCAUAUCUCUGUCUCCUAAAUCUUUUAUUUACUUCCUAAUCUUUUGUUUACUAUAAGAUAAGCUUACUGUAAUAGUUUAUACUAAAAUACGCAGCUCAAUACAGUUUGGAAAACUCAAGAAAUAAGGCUAAGAAAAGGAGAGACUCGUCCUUAUUCGAUCCCCUAAUCGUGUUAUUAUAUUAGUGUUAGAUCUUGUUAUUAUUAGAAUUAGUAUUAGACCCCCUCCCUCCUCCUGCUCCUCCUCCUCCUACUACUGCUAUAGCCCUACCCUCUCUCCUCUCUCCACUCUUUCUGUGUUGUCUUCUCCGCAUACUCUUCACUCUACUCUCACCCCUCUCCCCGCUUUCCAUCUCUUUAUAGCCCCACAUACUAAUCUCUCUUGUUUGCUCAACUAUCUGAUCUCUUGUUUCUUAGAUAGACUAGCAGUGUAAGAAACAAGAAGAAGAAGAAGAAGAAGUAGUAGUAGACUAGGACGAAGAGAAGGAGAAAGACAAAAAGAGAGAGAGAGAGAGGAUGGUGGUGAAGAAGCCUAGAGUGAUUAUAGUGGGUGCGGGAAUGGCGGGACUCACCGCGGCGCACCGCCUAUUCACGGCUUCGGGGGACUUCUUCGACCUGAGCGUAGUGGAGGCUGGGGAGCGGAUCGGCGGGCGGAUCCUGAGCUCGGAGUUCGCGGGCGACGGCGUGGAGAUGGGGGCCACGUGGAUCCACGGCAUCGGCGGGAGCCCCAUCUACGCCCUCGCCCGCGACCUCGACUUCCUCCGCGGCGACGAUAACCGCCCCUGGGAGCGCAUGGACGGCUUCCCCACCGACCCCCUCACCGUCGCCGAGGGCGGCGCCCGCGUCGACGACGCACUCGUCGUCGCCCCCAUCUCCUCCCUCUACCGCCGCCUCAUGGACUCCGCCCGCGCCGGCGACGUCGACCCACCCCCCGUCCCCGACGGCGACCCCGGCGUCGCCGCCUUCCUCCGCCGCGGCCUCCGCGCCUACCGCUCCUCCUCCCGCCCCGCCGCCGCAAGAGCAGCAGCAGCAGCAGCAGCGGCAGCGGGGGACGGCGCUUGGAGCCUGGAGGCGCUGGAGGACGCGGUGUUCGCGAUGCACGAGAACACGGAGCGGACGUGCACGUCCGCGGACGACCUCGCCGACCUGGACCUCGCCGCCGAGGGCGAGUACCGGGACUUCCCCGGCGACCAGAUCACCAUCGCCCGGGGCUACUCCCGGAUCGUCGAGCACCUCGCCGGCGCGCUCCCCGACGGCGCCAUCCGCCUCGGCCGCCGCCUCCGCCGCCUCGAGUGGUUCCCCGACGGCGGCCCCCCUUGCGCCGGCGCGGGGCCCGUGCGGCUCCACUUCGCCGACGGCGCUGUGGCGGACGCCGACCACGUGAUCCUCACGGUCUCCCUCGGCGUGCUCAAAGCCGGCCUGGGGAAAGAGGGCGGCGUCGCAUUCGACCCCCCUCUCCCCGACGUCAAGCGGGGGGCCAUCGGACGGCUCGGGUUCGGCGUCGUCAACAAGCUAUUCAUGGAGGCGGAGGCGGAGGCGUUCCCCUUCCUCCAGAUGGCGUUCGCCCAGGAGGGGCCGGGGCGAAGCGCGGCGAAGAUCCCGCGGUGGAUCAGGAAGACGGCGUCGAUCUGCCCCAUCUACGGCGGCUCGCGCGUGCUGCUCGCGUGGUUCGCGGGGGAGGAGGCGCUGCAGCUGGAGGCGCUGGACGACGAGGACGUCAUCCGCGGGGCCCACGCCGCGAUCGAGGGGUUCCUGCCGCUCCACGUCGACGGCACCACCUGCAACGGGACCGGCCCGAGCCCGACCCCCCUUUCUCUCUCGCUGCCGCCCGAGGUCGGCGUGGGCAGCGGGGGCGUCGAGGGCCGCCGGCCGCACCUGCCAUGCUCGGGGCCUGAGGAGGCGGAGGCGGAGGCGUUCCCCUUCCUCCAGAUGGCGUUCGCCCAGGAGGAGAAGGGGCCGGGGCCGGGGCGACGCGCGGCGAAGAUCCCGUGGUGGAUCAGGAAGACGGCGUCGAUCUGUCCCAUCUACGGUGGCUCGCGCGUGUUGCUCGCGUGGUUCGCGGGGGAGGAGGCGCUGCAGCUGGAGGCGCUGGACGACGAGGACGUCAUCCGCGGGGCCCACGCCGCGAUCGAGGGGUUCCUGCCGCUCCACGUCGACGGCACCACCUGCAACGGGACCGGCCCGAGCCCGAGCCCGAGCCGAUGGAGGAUCGCGAGGGUGAGGCGGAGCCGGUGGGGGACGGACCCGCUCUUCCUGGGUUCGUACAGCUACGUGGCCGUGGGAUCGAGCGGGGACGACCUGGAUCUGAUGGCGGAGCCUCUGCCACGUGGAGCGGAGGGAAUGGGGGCGGCGCCCCUACAAAUACUGUUCGGUGGGGAGGCGACACACCGGACGCAUUACUCGACGACACACGGGGCGUAUUUUAGCGGCAUCCGGGAGGCCAACAGGUUGCUACAGCACUACCGCUGCGUCAGCAGCAGCAGCAGCAACAGCAGCAGCUCCUUCUAGCGCUCCCUCACGUGCGGACUUGUGUUCUCAAAAUUCUAAUUUACGCUGCUUCCUUCUUGUGAGAAGACGGACCGACGGACCGACGGGAUGGAUGAGAAAAUCUGCAUGAGGAUUAGAGGGAGGGUGUUUGUCGUAUUUAUUUACUUAACUAUCUUAUUUUUGAAGGGGUUUUUUUGGCCUUUUCGGUUUAAUCAAGUUUUACUCGCGUCAGUUUAUCACAUCACCUCAUCCUAUCAUUUCUUCUGCCCAAUUCAAACUGAGAUAGCGUCUGAAUUAUUUAUUAUCUUAAUCUGUUCGAAUACAUAGUUUAAUGAAUCUGUACUAUGAAUUCGACCACCGGACAAUAAUUUGCUAUAAAACCAUGUACCUCGGUAGAUUCGGCAUUUA